UGUGAUGUAUAUGGUACGGUAGACUUCAUAUUUGGCAAUGCUGCAGUCGUGUUCCAGAGUUGCACCAUUCAUGCCCGAAAGCCUCUUCCUUCUCAAAAGAACACAAUCACAGCUCAAAAUCGAAAGGACCCUAAUCAAAACACCGGCAUUUCCAUCCAUGCUUGCAAAAUUGUGGCAGAACCCGAUCUCGAGAAAGAAAAGGGUGCAUAUCCCACGUACUUAGGCCGGCCAUGGAAAAUGUACUCACGGACCGUCUACAUGUUGUCUUACUUGGGUGAUCAUAUUCACCCAAGGGGAUGGCUAGAGUGGAAUGGAGCAUUUGCACUCGACACGUUGUACUAUGGAGAGUACCAAAAUAGCGGUCCCGGAGCUGGAGUUGGACAGCGCGUGAAAUGGCCGGGGUAUCACGUAAUCACUUCCACAGUCGAGGCCAGUCGAUUCACAGUGCGACAAUUUAUUUUUGGAUCGGCUUGGUUGCCUGGUACUGGGGUGGCUUUCGUGGCAGGGCUGUCAACUUAAGUUGCAUGGAUGAUGCCAUAGAACAUAUAAUUUCUUCAUAUGCUAUAUAAAUAUUUAUAUAUAGAUUUUUAUUUUUAUUUUUAUUUUUGAAUAAAUAGAAAUGGGUUUUCCAGUGUCAAGACACUGUAUGUACUUUAAUUGCUCGUUUUUGAAGUGUAAAAACUUCAAUCAAAAUGUUAAUAAUAUUUUCCUGUGUUUAGACUUUA